AUGCCGGGCUCACUGCACAUGUCGCGGCUACGGAACUGGUUCCUCGCCUCUCCCCCGGUCGAGUACGCCAUCAACAGCCUUAAGGAGCUGCUGAUUGGCGCGCUCCAACAGGGCCCUGUCCCCCAACAUGUGGCUUUUGUUAUGGAUGGGAACAGGCGCUUCGCCCGAUCACAUGGAAUUGAGACAGUGGAGGGACACCAUCUGGGGUUCGAAGCUCUGGCAAGGGUGAGUGGCUACACCUUUGAAGCUCCGGCGUUGCACGGCAAGCGACCCUAUUCGUUGUGGCUGCCAAUACUAACGACUGAUAAGAUCCUAGAGGUCUGCUACAAGAGUGGAGUGCAGGUAGUCACGAUCUACGCGUUCAGUAUCGAGAAUUUUAAACGUUCCAAAUUCGAGGUGGAUGCGCUCAUGGAAAUGGCCAAGGUGAAGCUGUCACAGAUGGCUCAGCACGGUGACCUGCUCGAUCAAUAUGGAGCAAAGGUCCGCGUCUUGGGCCGCCUCGAUCUUCUCAAACCCGACGUCCUGGAAGCUGUCAACAGAGCUGUCGACCUGACCAGCCGCAACGGAGAUCGCGUCCUGAACAUCUGCUUCCCUUACACCUCCCGCGACGAAAUCACCUCCGCUAUCCGUGAUACAAUCAGUGAUUAUAGCACACCGAUUCAACAAUCUCGCUCGGCCGCCGCAGCCUCCCGCACCCCUUUCUCGGAAUCCCAUAUUGUACAUCAUAUACGUACCCAGACGCUCGGCUCGAAGACACACGAUUCAAACAGCGAUACAGAGUCGACGUCAAGCUCUUCGGCACAGGACGAGGAUUCAUUUUCUCGAAACGGCCGUUCCAAUCGCGUUUACGAGUCUGGAUCUUCCUUCUCCUCUUCCACAACCCUCCACCUCGGGGGCCAGCAAGAUCCCAAGGACUCUCCGCCGAGACCUGCAAAUGAAUCCGAUAGCCCUGUAUAUCUCUCUCCCGAAACAAUCUCUCGUCAAACACUCGACGACCGCAUGUUGACCAAGGACACUCCGCCGCUGGAUAUCUUGGUUCGCACCUCGGGCGUGGAACGUUUGAGCGACUUCAUGCUCUGGCAAGCUCAUGAGAAUACAGAAAUUGUGUUCCUCAAUGUCAUGUGGCCCGAGUUCGACUUGUGGCACUUCCUGCCCGUGAUGCUCGGGUGGCAGAGACGGAUUUCCAAGUCCCGGCAAGACCCCAAUGCAGAGGGGAACUUUGCCGGCGACGACGAAUCCAGCGGGGAUGAUCUAGAGACGAUGCUGCUGCGUCAAGGUGGAAAGCUCAAAGACAUCUGA